AUUUUUCAGCUCUCGAGACCUGAAAUACAUUUACUCCCCUGACUCCGCUUCCAUGGCGCGGGUCUGUGCACUUUUGGUUGCCAUGGCCACCAUGGCCGCAGGCGAAGACUGUGAGACUUGCGACGGUGCCGCGAUGCUUCAGACUCAGGGCAAAAUCACCACCGAUGAAUCAACAUCGACAUUGCGCAAUUGUGCUGCAUUAUUGGAGAACGAAGACUGUGACUUCGAGACGGAGCCGAAAGCCCAGUUCCACUGCGAGGUGGAGCAUGCCUCGCGCAUGGUCUAUGCCACCUGGGUGAGGCCCGGCGCCAAGGUCUUGGAGGUUGGAGCGCGCUAUGGCCAUGCCACCUGCAUGUUGUCCAAAGUCCUGGGUUUGGACGAAGAGGAAGCUGGAACGGUAAAGUUCAAUAGCCUCGACACAGACUCGAAGCAGACUUCCGGCGCCAAGUUGGUUUCGUCCGACGCGGAUCCACACAUCUGGGACGUCUUGGAAGGCAAUUUGGCGAAGAAGGGCUGCAAUGCUCAAGUGGUGCGGGGAACCGUCGGCUCCAAGAGCUUCAAAUUGGUCACUCCAACUUGGAUGAAGAGGGAUCGAAAUGCAACAGGCUAUAGUGCUUUCACCUCCAACGCCAAUGACCCACGCCCCGGAGUCGUGGUCCCAGCACACUCCGUGAAGUCUCUCAAUGUGACCUUUGACACUUUGGCCAUCGAUUGCGAGGGAUGUUUCAAGACCUUUUUGAAGGAGAAUCCCGAUUUGUUGAAGACUCUCACGAUGAUUAUUGUGGAAGUCCAUCCCGGUGCCUUUGUGAAAAAGAAGAACCAUAAACAUACGAAAGAAGAGAAAGUGGUGGACCAGCUGAUGAAGCAGGGAUGGACAUUGAAGCACUCCAUCAUGGAUCAACGAGUUCUCUGCAGAGGACCUUGUGAACCCCGCUGCGACUUGAACUGGCUGGAGAACCAUGCUCGCGAAUACUAUGGAAACCAGAGUUUCGAGGGUCGCGACGAUGAGCCUCCUGACCCGGACCAGGGCGGUGGUGGCACAGACGUGGCGACGCCUUUCAGUGUGAAGUGGAGUGCCGAAUGGAAGACCAUGCACGACAUCCAUCAGCUUCAGAAGGUAGCAGGACCCAUGACAAAGCUGGGCUGGCUCUUUGCCGGAGUUGCAGUGGGCGUUGGCAUCUCUUAUUCUCCUGCCAUGCUGAUGCAGUACGUCCGGGGGAAGAAGAAAAAGGGCGAGGAAGAGGAGGUUCCCCCCGAUGCCGCGGCGGCCCCAGCUGCCGCGCCUGCCGCGGCUGCCGCGCCUGCCGUGCCUGCCGCCAAAGCUGCGGCGGCGCCGGCGGCAGCCGAAGAGAUGCCGCGAACAGCACAGCACAGCCAGAACUUCUAUCAGAUUUUGGGCGUGGACGUGAACGCCAGCCCUGCAGAGAUCCGCGCCGCUUACAGGCGGAAAGCCUUGGAGGUGCACCCUGACAAGGGAGGAACGGCGGCAGCCUUCCAGCGAGUGAUUGCAGCCUUCGAGCAGCUGGCCGAUCCCUCCCUUCGCCACACCCACGACCAGCGCCUGGCCCCGAAGCCCACGGCGGCGACAGCGCCAGCGCCCGGCGCGGGUCCGCCGCGCGCGGCGGCCAGGCGCCCCAGGGAGGAGCCGCGCAGGGCGAAGACAGGGCGGAAGAAGACAAACAAAGAUGUGGAGAAAACCACUGGCAAGCGCAAAGCCGCAAGCACAUCAUGUCCGCCGCAGAAGCCUUUGCGACUGGAAGCACCAGAGAGGGCACCGAGACAGCGCAGAAGAGCAACCAAACAGGAGAUUGAGAAGAAGCGACUGACCGCAAUCGUUGAAUUGCUCAAGUGCAUCUCCUCCUCAGAACGACGCCACAUCUUCACACAUCGCCUGUCACAAGAACAGCGGCUGGAACUGGAGUCGUUUAUGCAAUUGCAGCGCGACCGCGACAGCGACGGACAUGAUGCCCAUGCUGGCCCUGAGCAAUCUCAGCUGAUUCCCCAGACCCUGUCAGAAGAGCCACCGAGCCCUUCGGUUUUCGAGUCUGCCCAGCGACUGAGGGAUCAGGUCCCUGAUGCUUCCAGUGCUGUUUGGGCACCAAUGGUGGCCCCACGGCGCCGGCGAAGGGAGCCUGAGGAGCCUGCAGCGCCCUGUCCUUCAGUGCAAAGCCCUGCCUUGCGGACGCGUCGCAUUACAGGAGGAAUCCACAAGGUGAGGUUUGAUACCUUCCGGAAGAGAGCUGAACAGAGCUUGUUCUACUGCGCCACCGUGUCGGUAGAAGGUUUGCGGAUCAAGGCAGUUUGUGUUCGCACCCUGGAGGAAGCCAUUGACAUUCAUCUUUUGAUCGUCGCCAUUGCGGAAUGCGUGCGGCGGAAUUGCAGCAGUCGCAUCAAGGACAAAAUCCUGCAGAGCAUCCACGAAGUGUCAGUGGAACAUGCUGUGUGCGAGCAAGACUUGUCGCAGAAGCUGCGUUUUUACUUUGUCCUGGAGACAAGGCUUUGGAUUGGUGUGCCACUGAUGACUCCAUGUUACCGUGUUCGGAACCUUGAUGAGUUUGAUGAGGUGGUGCUCCGUUUCCAAGCGGCCCGCGGCAACGACAAGAUCUUCACCGGCGCCGGACGCCAUGGCAUCCUGACGGCCCUGCCACACCGCGACGUGGAGCAGCGCUGGCACCAGAUCCGCGACGUCUUUCUGGACGUCAAGGAACGGCGCGGCCAAAGUCGGAAGGAGUGGAUGGUCAAACUGGAUCAGAUGUACCAGCACCGGGCACCCGUCCGGGAUGAACUCUGGCGUCGCUUCAACGAAACCAAGAUGCGGCGCUGCGAGCGGGAACAGCGACGCUACGAGAAGUGGAUGAAGCAACUGGAGGCCAGACAGGAAAAGAAAAGGUGUGCGACUUUGGAAAAGAGGCGCAGGCAGCUGGAACGAAAUCUGCAAAGGAAGAGACGACGACAGCAGAAAACUGAAGCGGCCAGCCUUCGGCGCCGCUACGAGCGGCCGCGCAUGAAGGCGGAGGACAAACGGUGCCAAUGCUACUGGCGGAGCGUGUCGCAGAAACGAAAGAAAUUGGAGCGCUUGUUGCAAAAUUGGAGCCGUGCGCACCAAAAAACACAGGCCUCGGCUGAACGAAAGCGGACAGCGCGUCAGGUCAACUACCUUCGCCCGAAUCACAGCAGCCGCGCUUGCGGUGCUGAAAAAGGGCAGCUGCUGCUGGGAUGUGCUGGGCAUAGCCACGACAAAGCUCUGCAGAGUUUGAAGUACAGCAACAACCCUGGAGUCUUAGUGACGGUGUGGGAUGCAAGUGGAAUCACCACCUUCCACAUUCCAGAGGGGCAGAUCCCAGCAGAUCUGAAGGAAGAUAACCCCCAGCCGAACACGUGGCCAGCCAUCUGGCGGAUGGCCUUUAUGCCCUUUGAUCCCAAGACCUGUGUCGACAUUGCUCAUCCGCAGGAGAUUGUGCUCAAUAUCGCCCUCUGUGGCGAUUGGGCUGGCAAUGCGUGGUACAGCUGCAAGGAGUGCAAAAACACAGGUUUCAUCCCCAACUACUGCGUCCCGGGUCACGUGACUGAGCCUGCCACGGACUGCUGCACCAUCUACAUGUCGAACCCCUCGGCAGAAGAACCUUUGAAGACAAAGGCAUAUUUUGACAUCGACUAUGUGAAGGUCUUUGAGCCAAAAGGGGUGAAGAUGCCCAAGUAUGCCGCUGGUACCUAUAGGAAUGGUGGCGUGGGAGUGGGUGACCGAUAGUUUCUCACAGCGACACGCAGAUGAGGCCUGGCCCUGUAGGCGAAGGCUGCGCGAUCUGCGCGACGCCGUCGCUCUCCAAAGUGAGAUCGUGUUAGUAUUUCUUAGGGCGGGCCAGUACUUUUGAAGGACAUCCUGCACCAAAAAGAUUGAUCGAGUGGAAUGCUU